AUGGGACGAAGCAAGCUCAGAGUUGCGCUGGCUGCCGAGAAGGGCACCGACUUCAAGAAGCUCAAGGAAAAGAAGAAGUACAAGGCCCACCUCAAGGAGAAGGCCAAGAAGGUUGCUCAUCGUGAAGAGGAGGGGGACGAUGAGGAUGACGAAGACGAGGAGGACGAGGAGGAGGACGAGGAGCGCGGUGCUUUGAUUGACGACGAAGCGUCGGAGAGCGACGGCGACGAAGAGGACGAGGAGGACGAAGAGCUGGGUGCUGACUUUAUUGCCGCCAUGAACGACUCUGACGACUCCGACUCCGAGGUCGAGAUGGAGGAAAAGAUUGCACGGCCGAAGACGGCCGACAAGGACGCGAAGACAAAGAAGACCAAGACGACCAAGGCGGCCGCCGACGACGACAACAAGGACGAAGAGGACGACGAAGAAGACGACGAAAACGAGCUUGCCUGGUCCGACGUCGACGAGGAGGAGCGGGCCGGCCUCGUUGUCCGCCAGCGCCGGACCAUCAACAACACCGCCGCCCUUACCGCCUCCCUCCUCCGCAUCCGCAUGUUCGCCCCCACCGACACCUCCGUCCCCUUCCAGCUGCACCAGAGCGUCACGUCUGCAGUGCCCACCACCAGCCACCCCGACGGCACGCCCAUGGACAUGUCCGACGACAAGGUCCGCGAGCAGGCGCUGUACGCCCAGAGUCUGGCGGCCGCCGUGGAGGCCCGCCGCCGCCUGCGCAAGGAGGGCGUUCCCUUCUCGCGCCCCACCGACUACUUUGCCGAGAUGCUCAAGGACGACGGCCACAUGGCACAGGUCAAGGCGAAGCUGGUGGAGGCGGCGACGGCGCAAAAGGCGUCCGCCGAGGCCCGCAAGCAGCGCGACCUGAAGAAGUUUGGCAAGAAGGUGCAGGUCGAGAAGAUGCAGGAGCGCGCCAAGGAGAAGAAGGAGACGCUGGAGAAGAUUAAGAGUUUGAAGAGAAAACGCUCUGAAUUUGGCACAGCGAGCACACACGAAUCGGACGCCUUUGACGUGGCCAUUGACAAGGAGCUGUCCGCCGGCGCCGGCCGCGGCGCCAAGGGCGGUGCUCGUGGCGGAGCUGCGGGCGGCGGUGUCAACGCCAAGCGCCAGAAGAAGAAUGAAAAGUACGGUUUUGGCGGCAAGAAGCGCCACUCCAAGUCAGGUGAUGCCCUGUCGUCGGGUGACCUGAGCGGGUUCAACGCCCGGAAGAUGAAGGCCGGCGGCAAACCGGGACGCGGCCGGGCAACAGCGACGCGGCCCGGUAAGGCGCGGCGACAAGCAGCUGCAAGCAGACGGUAA